UGUUCCCCCUCUCCUGCGCCGUGCAGAGCUACUCUUGGGGGAAGGUGGGCCUGGAGAGCGAGGUGGCCAAGCUGCUGGCCAGCGGGGACCCCCUGGGGACCAUCCGUCUGUCUGUGUGUCUCCUGCAGCUCUGGAUGGGCACACACCCCCGGGGCGACGCCGUCAUCCGUGAUAACCGCAUCCCCCAAAAAACCUUGGGCCAGUGGAUCGCCUGCCUGGGGGCCAAGGUGAAGGACGCCUUCCAGGGUCACCUGCCAUUCCUCUUCAAGGUGCUGUCGGUCAACACCGCCCUCUCCAUCCAGGCACACCCCAACAAGGAGCUGGCGGCGAAGCUGCACGCCCAGUUCCCCGAGCACUACCCGGACGCCAACCACAAGCCU